AUGUUUAACAACUUCAAAAAGUUUAAAACUAUACGAACUUUGCAUAAUACAAUGGCUAGUAAAGUAAAUAUUAAGGCUGUAAUAUUUGAUAUGGAUGGGACGCUAUGCUUACCACAACCAUGGAUGUUCCCAGCAAUGAGGAAAAGCAUUGGACUUGAUGAUGAUGCAGUUGAUAUACUGACAUUUAUGGACGAAAUGAAAACAGAAGAAGAAAAAAUAAUUACAAAUGAAAGACUGAAGUUAGUAGAGAAAAAAGCGAUGAUGGAAAUGGAACCUCAACCUGGACUAGUAGAAUUGUUGACCUUUUUACACGAAAAUGAUAUCAAGAUGAAUAUAUGUACAAGAAAUUUAAUUCAACCUGUUAAUCACUUAAUUAAUAACUUUUUACCUAGUCAUUUACAACAAGAAUUUGAUUUUAUACUAACUAGAGAUUUUAGACCAAUGAAACCUAGUCCUGAACCAUUAUUGCAUAUAAUUAAGCGGUUAUCAUUGGAACCUCAUAAUGUCAUUAUGGUUGGAGAUUCUUAUGAUGACAUGAUGAGUGGGCACUCUGCAGGAUGUACUACUGUAUUAUUGAAAAACAAUAAGAAUGAAAAAUUAACUAAGGAGUAUCCUCAUUUAAUUGAUGUCACAAUUUCGGAAUUACCUGAUCUUAUUAGAAUAAUUUCUUAA